CGCAACAACAUGCUCGGUGGUGUCAAUCGAGCAACGGAACAAGAAAUCUUUCUUGAAGAACAAAUUUUGGCAUCACCAUAUGGUAUCCGAAGUGAUCUUUCCAUACAUUUCAUUCCAUCAUCCCGCCAUGUCCAUCUCGUCUUCUAAAACUCUCAAGGCGUUUCUCGCCGUUGUGUUCGUUAUUGUUGCUUUCUCUUCCCCAUCUCACGGGGGUGAAACCAAGGCACCUAAGAAGAAAUCCAAGGCAUCGAAAAAGAAUAAGAAUAAGAAAUCCAAUGGCAAAAGUCCGAAGAACGUCGGUGGAACAAACAAAGAACCGCCAAGCUUGAUUUUUCAAUUCGAUUCUGUGCGAAUGAUGUCGCAAGGUAUUAUCACUCUUGGUAACGAGGUCAAGACUAUCGAUCUGAACGAUCCUACUUCUGGUGUACCCUCAAUGAUGGGUGCUACUAUUGUCAACCAUUUCAGUCUUUUCCGAAUUGGAAGCAUCAACAAGGACAACGUUGCCAGCAAGGCCACMGAUGCAUCGGCCAUGGUUGGUAGAGCCACGGUUACGUGCACCGUUACAGAUUACAACCCAAUCAAUUACGAACCAGAACAAGGCAAUUGUAUGCUAGCGUUCGAUUUCGAGCUCAAGGGCGUCAAUUCAUCCAUCAUUGGGCUUUUUUCCGGCGAUAUCAACCCCAACCCCAACCCCAACACCUCCCCAACCCCAAUAUACCAGGGCGUCAUUUCCGGUGGAACUGGAAACUUGCUUGAUUACCAUAGCGGGUACUUCAACUUUGAUAGAACGAUUUUUGACCCUAUCGAUGGUGAAGUUUAUGUUCUAGAACAGAUUCGUUUCUAUCCCAAAAAAAAUAAUUGAUUUGAAUUCCAAAAAGUAAGUUUUGUCUGCUAUGAUAUUUAUAUGUUACUAACAAAUGAAUGGCAAACGAAGUAAACAAAACUUGCAAAU